AUGUCGAGUUUAUCGGUGAUGCUCAUUCCCUCGAGAAUGAACCUGCAAAUACUAAAACAGAGGAAACAGAGCGCAAAUUUGGGAUAUUCUCUGUUGAAACGAAAAAGUGAUGCACUAACAUCGAAGUUUCACAGACUUCUAAGAGCAACAAUACAAGGUAAGGAGAAGUUGGUUGAAGGCCUGAGAGAGGCGAGUUACUCACUGGCGAACGCCGUGUGGUCGGCGGAGGAUUUUAAGAGCCUGGUGAUAGAGUCGGUCGGGCGUCCCUCAGCAACACUGAAGCUGCGCGGAGAGAACAUAGCAGGAGUGCUACUGCCAGUAUUCACACUACACACAGAUCCAACAGCAGAUGUAUUGGCAAAUUUGAGCCUGAGCAGCGGCGGAAACGCUAUACAAUCAGUAAAAACUGCACACUUGGCAGCACUGGAAUUGAUGGUGGAGUUAGCAUCACUACAAAUAUCGUUCAUAAUAUUGAAUGAGGAAAUAAGAAUGACAAAUCGAAGAAUAAACGCUCUGGAUAAUGUUUUAAUACCAAGAAUUGAUUUAAAUUUACAACAUAUACUGAGAGAAUUAGACGAAAUGGAACGUGAGGAAUUUUAUAGACUGAAAAUGAUAAAAAAAAUAAAAGAAAAGGAAUCAAACACAAUAGAAUCGGCCAGAAAACAUCAACAAUCAUUAUUCGACCAUAUAGAUGAUGAUAUAGUUGUGUGA